CUGGUUAUGCAGGCGACGUCUUCCUCUCUCUCACAGCCAUUAGGCACCCCCAGAUCAUCCCAACUCCCUGAACCUGCACGAAGCCGUUACGCACUCCAUAUCGCUCUUUCUCCCAACGCGGUACCUCCUGUUUUCAUCAAGCACACAUAUGCUUUGCUGGUGUCAGCAAUUCGGCUCCUCGCUCAGGACGAGUCUAGUUGCCGCUCAUACGACUGUCUCUAUCAUAUCGUACACACGCGAUUGCCGCAGCCAAGGACCCCGUAUCCCAAGCCAUUCACCCGCGAAGCCAGAUUCCAGGAAUAUGCUGGCCGUCAAGAACACCCUGUGUGCAUCACCAACUGGAUAGAAAAACCUGAGACCGGAGUCGUAACCUGUGGCGAAGUAAACUCGUCGCGCGCCAAACAAGAUGAACUCGGUUAUCUCGUUCCGGCACUCAACGCAGCUCUCGUGGAAAGUUACGAAGCGACGUUCCACUCCACCGAUCCCUCCACACAAGUCCUCAAUCGCCGCGCCAUAUUGGGCAUAAUGCUAUGUCUCACUUUAUACCGCGAACUUGCCCACACAUGGCUCAAACACCUACUUCGUCAUGUCAUGAGUGCAGAUGAGUUGCAGCAGUGGAAGGAGCCCGAUAUGGGGGAUACUUUUGGUGGAAAUGCCGGGGAGCAGAUUGAGACCCUCUUAUUCCGUGGGGCCAUGGCCUUCCAGUUCCAAGCGCGGGAGGACAACGAGAAACCCGACCGUUUCGACCGAAUCAACACAAUGUGGUUCAAGCAUACCGCGGAUACUCCAUACUAUGGGCCUGCUUCUGACGACGUUUUGCGGUUGUACCGAACUUUGGCAGGUCUCGAUACGGCGAAUCAAUUGGGUGGAAUCAUUGAUCAGUUCGUGAAGAGUAUUGUGCGAGGUGGGAUGGUUGUUUUGCCGACGAAGGAAAUAGCCAUGGCGAGACCCAAGGUUAAGCAGGAGACCCCACUUGUAUAUCCCAUCGGAUGUGGGACCCACACCAUCAACUAG